CCCGCACAUUCCCCCCUCACACCCCGAAGUGUAAUAAUUAUACAAACGUGUACAUAAUGCUAAGCGCAAACGCCAUGACGUGACAGGUCAAUGAUUCAAUGGACAAGUCAAGUCAGGUACCAGGACAACUUUCCAAGUCCUCGUGCAUUCACCGUGACGUCGUUGAGGGCACGUUGGUUUGGAGCAAGCCCAGCCUAUAUAUAGGAGGGCACUUCUGACGUCUCUCGUCCUCUUCUCUCCCUUACACAUCCACUACUCACUUGCCACUCAAACCAAAGUUUGUACCACUACAACACAACAACCACAUCAUCAUGGGUGUGAGUCCGGCUCACCCAACACACGUGCGACGAGACUGAUUUACCUCUCCACUAUAGCUCAUGGACAAAGUCAAGCAGGGUGCGGAGCAGGUCAUGAACAAGGUAUGUGGCAGCAUACUGCAGGAAGCUUCGCCGCCUCACCCCGUUAACUCUCCAUACGACAGCACAACAACAACCAAGAAGGCCAAUUUGACCAGUCAGGAAACCAGGGAGGAUUCGGCGGCAACAACAACGACUCAUACGGUCAAGGAGGCAAUCAAGGAGGCUUUGGAGGCAACAACAACGACUCUUACGGACAGGGAGGUAACCAAGGAGGCUUUGGAGGCAACAAUGACUCUUCCUUCGGUUCCGGAGGAGGCAACCAGGCGGGAUUCGGAGGAAACGACAACAGUAAUUCGUUCGGGUCUGGUAACGACAACUCUUUCGGAUCCGGAGGCAACUCUGGCUUUGACUCUAGCAACCAAUCUGGAGCUGGAGGAUACGGAGGACAAGGACAAGACUCGUCCUUUGGUGCUGGAAACCAAGCAAGUGGAUUCGACUCUUCCAACCAGGGCGGAUUCGGUGGUAACCAGGACAGCUCCUUCGGUGGUAACCAAGGUGGUGACAACUUUGGAUCCAACCAGGACAGCUCGUUCGGAGGUCAACAGGACAACUCGUUUGGAGGCCAGCAAGGCAACUCGUUUGGCGGAAACCAAGGCGGUGACAACUUCAACUCUAACCAGGACAACAAUUACUAGUGUGCGUGAUCGAGAGUCGUUUACGGUUCGGAAAUUUGAGACGAUCAGGUCGAACGAGAGGCGUUCAGCAGCAAUGAUAUAUGAAGGAGUAUGUAACUGAAUGAAUGAAUGAAUGAAUGAUUGUGAAAGGGGUCCCAGGAUAUGGUCGUGCGCAAAGUAAAGCUGCAGUUACGACUAGAGAAAUGAUUGAAGACACUUCCAAAGCUGUCUGCUGCCUCCAAUGUGCCUCCUUAUGCACUCGAAGCUUUGACAAGGCCUUCUGUCUGACUCGAGUAGCCCAGCUUGGAG